AUGGCUGACGCACUUGCUGCACAGCUCAGCAACACAAAGCUGGAAGCACCAGAGAAAAGAUUGCAGGACACAUUGAAUCUCCCCCCCAAAGAUGCCCGCCCACAAACUGAGGAUGUCACUGCCACAAAAGGCCUCGAGUUUGAGGAUUUCUAUAUCAAACGUGAACUCAUGAUGGGUAUUUUCGAGGCUGGGUUCGAGAAGCCGUCCCCUAUCCAAGAAGAGACAAUACCGGUUGCGCUCACAGGAAGAGACAUUUUGGCCCGAGCUAAGAAUGGCACUGGGAAAACUGCUGCCUUCGUUAUCCCCACACUUGAGCGCAUCAAUCCUAAAAGCACUAAGACCCAGGCCUUGAUCUUGGUCCCCACUCGAGAACUCGCUCUCCAGACAUCCCAGGUCUGCAAAACCCUCGGCAAACAUCUCGGUAUCAAUGUUAUGGUCACCACUGGUGGAACCGGCUUGAUGGACGACAUCAUCCGGUUGAAUGACCCUGUUCAUAUUCUGGUCGGCACCCCCGGUCGAGUCUUGGAUUUGGCCAGCAAAGGUGUCGCCGACUUGGCUGAAUGCCCAACUUUUGUCAUGGAUGAGGCAGAUAAAUUGCUAUCGCCCGAGUUCACUCCUGUUAUUGAGCAACUGCUCUCUUUCCACCCCAAGGAUCGUCAGGUCAUGCUUUUCAGUGCUACUUUCCCUUUGAUCGUUAAGUCUUUCAAGGACAAGCACAUGCGCAACCCCUACGAAAUCAACCUCAUGGAUGAACUGACCCUGCGGGGUAUUACUCAAUACUAUGCUUUCGUUGAGGAAAAACAAAAGGUUCAUUGCUUGAAUACCCUUUUCUCGAAGCUCCAGAUCAACCAGUCCAUCAUCUUUUGCAACUCGACCAACCGAGUCGAGCUAUUGGCGAAAAAGAUUACCGAACUCGGCUAUUCGUGCUUUUACUCCCAUGCCCGGAUGCUUCAGCAGCACCGUAAUCGAGUGUUCCACGACUUUCGCAAUGGCGUGUGCCGCAACUUGGUUUGCUCUGACCUGUUGACUCGCGGUAUCGAUAUCCAAGCAGUCAACGUUGUCAUCAACUUCGACUUCCCGAAGAACGCGGAGACGUAUCUUCACCGCAUCGGUCGUUCGGGUCGAUUCGGACACUUGGGUCUCGCUAUUAACCUCAUCAACUGGGAGGAUCGCUUCAAUCUCUACAAGAUUGAACAGGAAUUGGGCACCGAAAUUCAACCCAUCCCGCAAAACAUCGAUAAGAAACUUUAUGUCUAUGAUUCUCCAGAGAACAUCCCUCGCCCUAUCUCCAACCCUCCGCCGGAUACUGGAGCUGGGUCCGUAAACACAAACGGAGACCGUCAGCCUCGCCGCAACUACCACAAUGGCCAACCUGGUCAUCAACACAGUCAGGGUCAACAUGGUCAGGGUCAGCACGGCCAAUACUACAACCGGGGUCGUGGGUCUUAUCGUGGUCGCGGACAGGGUCAACGCCGUGGGACACACAAUGACGCCAACCGGAUCACCUUUGGUCAGCCGAAUCCAGGUCAAUCCCAAGCACCAACCUCCUAG